AUGGACAACGACAACACUGCUGAAGAGGGUACCAACGAAGGCCCUGUCCGGUUUGAAGGCGAUGUCUUAGGCGACCAGAACCACUAUUCCGACUACGAUUGGGACGACUUCGAUGAGUACAACCCCGAAGCCGACACCAUGAACGUGGACGAUGAUCUACCAUCGCAAGGGGCCUCCGACACUGGGCAGCGGUCCCCUCAAGACUGGGAUCUCGAGGACAAUCUGCUGGAGAGUCUUGACGGUAUGCCCGAUCUCGAGGACGAUUUCAGUGACGAUGAGGACGCUGAGAACUUCGAUGCUGAGAGGCAUUGGGAGCCUCCCUUGCCAGAAAAUUUGCAUCGCCCGAGCCCAAGCCUUGCAGAGGAGGUCGAUGAAGAUCAAAGCCAGGCAAACGCGGAUCGACAGAGACGACUCAACACGCAAGAUGCGCUUCGACCCAAGACGUAUGUCGUCCCCUAUCCCGAGAACUCGCCCGCUGGAUGUCCGCUCCGCCAGCAGCAAGAGCAGUCGGGCUACGAGGCUACUCGCGACUCGCUUGGAUCCCCCAACAACCCCUACGCCCCCUUCUGUUCUUCGCUCGACUUCUCGGUGGCUAUGUGGGCGAAAAUGCGUGGCCCUGGAUCUACGGCACUCACAGAGCUUUUGGCGAUCGAGAAUCUUGUCAAACUACUAGGGCUCUCGUUCAAGAACUCCCGAGAACUCAACCAAAUCAUCGACGAAAAGCUUACCUCCCUUCGGCCACGUUUCAUUCGCAGAGAAAUCCUCGUCACAGACGAGGUCUUCGAGUUCUUCUACCGUGACGUCCUCGAGUGCAUCCGCGCACUCUUCGGUGACCCGGAGUUCUCUGGUGUCCUGGUGUUCCGGCCAGAACGUCACUACGCCGAUGCCGAUCACACCCUGCGAGUCUUCUUCGACAUGCACACAGGCAAGUGGUGGUGGUCUACACAGGAAGCCGUUGAACGACUUGCACCAGGAGGGACGAUCAUCCCAAUCAUCGUCUCAUCUGACAAGACACAACUUACAGUCUUCGGGAACAAGACUGCCUAUCCCGUCUAUCUCACCAUUGGUAACCUCCCGAAGCACAUUCGCCGCAAGCCAUCGCGUCGCGGCCAAAUUCUCCUCGCAUAUCUCCCCUCGACACGGCUCGAGAACAUCACUUGCAAGGCGGCUCGGCGACGCACUCAUUCCAACCUCUUCCAUGCCUUUAUGACGCACAUUUUCCGCCCUCUUCGUCGCGCCGGCCUGGAAGGCAUCAACCUUGCAAGUGGCGACGGCGUCAUGUGGCGUGGCCAUCCAAUCCUUGCCAUCCAUGCUGGAGACUACCCGGAACAACUUCUCGCCAGCUGCUGCAAGAGCGGCGACUGCCCGCGUUGCGAUAUUGACCGUGAAGAUGUCGGGGCUACGACCGAUCCCAACCGCCCUUUCCGUGACGUCACAAAGGUCGUCGAGGCACUGUCUGUGGCCGAAACUGGCACGAAGGCCGAGUUCGUCAAGGCCUGUGCGGCGGCACGCAUCAAGCCCGUUGCGGAGCCUUACUGGCUGCAUCUCCCGUUCGUCAACAUCUUUCGCUCCAUCACUCCCGACAUCCUCCACCAACUGCACCAAGGUGUCAUCAAGCACGUCGUGGCAUGGGUCAAGUUGGCAUACGGCACGAGCGAGAUUGAUGCUCGGUGCCGUCGCCUCCCCCCAAACCACCAAAUCCGUAUUUUCAUGAAGGGCAUUAGCUCGCUCCAACGAGUCACUGGGAAGGAGCACGCGGCUAUGUGCCGCAUCCUUCUCGGGCUCGUUGCCGGUCUUCCUCUACGAGACGGCUUCUCCCCCAUUCGCCUUGUCCAAGCAUACCCAGCUCACACAUCGGCAAGUCUCAAACUCUUGAAGGACACCCUUCGACGAUUUCACCUAAACAAGGACAUCUUCGUCCUUUUCGGCACGACAGAUAACUACGAUACUCAGUACACCGAAAGGCUCCACAUCGAUCUCGCCAAGGACGCCUAUCGUGCCACUAACCGCAAGGACGAGUACCUCCAGAUGACUCUCUGGCUCGAACGCAAGGAGAAGAUGCAUCGGCAUGCCGCGUUUGUCGCAUGGCGUCUCAACAAUAUCGUAGAACGGUCCUUACAUUCGUCGUUGUCGUCAAACACUCCUCUUCGGAACCCUGCUCCCCCGCAUUCCCUUCCCCCCAUUCACCCGCCAAAGUGGCCAAGUGCAUAUUCGGUCACGUUCUCCUCUGCAGCACAGGAGUACGGGGCCGAGUAUCUCCGCGAGGCUCUCGCCCGGUUUGUCAUUCAGUUCAACAACCCUACACUAUCCACGGCCGAGGUUGAGCAACGUUCAUGGAACGUCUAUCUUCCCUUCAACAAAGUUUCGGCAUAUCACAAACUCAAGUUUGUUCUCUCGGACGCUCAGGCGAUGGGAAUCAUGGAGGGCCUCCACGAUGCGGCUCACGCUCGUCCUCGGUACACCGACAAGCGCGGAAAUGUCGUGCCAAGUAGAUUCGAUACCGUUCUGGUGAACGAGACGGGUGCCGGCCGUCGUAUCGGUGUUCAUGGGUAUCGGGUCGGGCGACUUCGCAUGGUGUUCACCCUUCCGCAGAAUGCGAACAAAUCCCUGUUUCCCGGUGUUAUGCCUCCCAGACACCUCACGUACAUUGAGUGGUUUACUGCUUUCACGAACACUGAUGCUACACAUGGCAUGUACCGUGUGACCAGAUGCCGAGGGCCCAAUGGGGAUCGCCUUGCAAGUGUUGUGGAGAUGUCCACUAUCCGACGAAGUUGCCAUCUACUUCCUGUAUUCCCCUCUCCCGAGAACUCUCGUGCAUGGACCAGUAGUACUGUGCUCGAUUCAUGUGACACAUUCUUUGUUAACCCGUUCAGUGACAUGCACAUGUACAUGACUCUAAUAUAA